AGUAAAGCUUCCUGCGGCCCACUUGACCUCAUACUCCAGGAUGUCUGGCUCUAGGAUUGCCUCAUUCAUCUAAUGCUGUCAUCCAACGUUGCUUAAUCCAAGAGUGUGUAUAUAUAAGUAGAGUUGGAAUAUAACUGCAUCAACUACUACCAAGUGUGGACAACAGGAAGCCUCAUCAUUUGAGACCAGCCCUUCACAUUUAUAACUUAGAAGCCUGAAAAAUGAAGCCUAAAAUGAAGUAUUCAACCACCAAAAUUUCCCCAGCAAAGAUGAAAAGCACAGCAGGCAAAGCCUUGGUAAAAUCUCCCAAGUUGAGAAAAUCCCAACAGAAGGCCGAAGAAGUUUGUCAGAUGUACUAUAUGCAGCUACGCUCUGGCCUUAAAAUAGAAAAAAAGGUCUGUUACUUUAGGAAAGAAACCACCAAAAGGCAUUCAUCAACAGCUGAGAAGUACAAAGAGCGUCUGGCACUAUUUACCUGUAAGCAGACGAAACACUUUAGUCAGUCUGUGGACCAGGGCUUCACCUUGGGUAAUACAACGGUCAAGAAAUACUCUACAGCAAAUCACCUAUCAAGUAUCAAAGAACAUUCUGCUUCCCUGAGUACAUACAACGAUCAGUUCAUUAGUUUUGUUUUUGAGGAUGGAAACUAUGAGAUCUGUGUUGAGGACUUGAUAGGAGACCAAGAGAAAGACAAGGUGUUACUCCGUUACUACGAAUCCCAAUUCCCCUUAAGUGAAACAGAUGGUGAUGGUAGUCAUCGGAAGUUAAUGGUAAACCUGAGCCCCACGAAAGACAAAGACUUCUUGCUGCACGCUAACAGUAAGGAGCACUCUGUGGAGCUACAAAAAUGUGAAAACCAGUUGCCAGAACAAGCCUUCUUUGUCCUUCAUGAGACGUCCUCCCAGUGUGUUUCAUUUGAAUGUAAGAGCAAUCCUGGAGUGUUUCUAGGAGUAAAGGAUAACCAACUAGCUCUAAUUAAAAGAGGGGAAGACCCUGAGGAUUCAAAUACACAGAAUAUCACAUUUAAGCUCUCAAACUUAAUGUGAUGGAAAGCUGCAGAUCUUUG